ACUCGUGUUCUGGCAGGGACUCGCUUUUCGGCACGACAGCGUCACAAAUCCACUCAACCAAUCACUGCGCACUAUUCCACGUCAUGUAAACAACAUGGCGGCGCCCUCCAUGGAGCCCGCAACUAGCGGAUUUUUACCUACAUUUUUCGAUAUAGUCAAUGAAAGGAAUGAAAACAUGGACAUUUUUGAACGAAUCAAUGAACCUGUGCUGGCUCCUGCAGUGGGUAAGAAACGCAAGGCAUCAAAAAACAACCAUACUCGCGAGAACAUUAAGAAGAUGAGGCACUCUGGAGGUGGAAAACUGCCCGCUGUCAGUUGCACUCAUAACAAAACCACCACCGUUUUUUGUCAUGCUGACAAACUGACCCCAGGCGAUCUUGAGAAAAACUUUCAAAACUUUUAUAGCCAUUCAACGAAGACAGAACAGGAUCAAGCCCUUCUACGGCUCAUCACCGUCAAAAAAGUCCAUCGCAGACGUCCGAAAGUUGAAAACACAGAUAAACAAAAGGAGAGGGAAGUCACCAAUGAAUAUCAUUUACUGACUGAAGAUCAUCCAACAAAGAUUCCGGUCUGCAAGUCCACAUUUUGCAGCGUUUUGGGCAUCAGCAAAGAUCGCGUGGCUCGAGUGGCCAAGUACUACGCGGUCAACGCUACGGCCAGACCAGAAAACAGAGGCGGUGCACGGAAGGUGGUGGAGAACGAGGUGAAGAAGCAGAUGGUCAAGGACCACAUCCAGACCUUCAUGUGCCGGGCCAGCCAGCAGGGGAAAAAGGCAGCAGCUGGCCGCAAAUACACGUACCUGCCCAGUGACCUCAGCGUGAAGAAAAUGCACAGGCUCUUCGACGAGCAGAACCCCAAGCUUGUCAGCUACUCCCUGUACCACAGUAUUUCCAAGAACGACUUCAACCUACGAUUCGACCGCCCAUCCACUGAUGCCUGCUCAUCUUGUGGUAAAAAAUCAUCGGAGAGUGCAAGCAAAGGACCCCAGCUUACCUGAAGAUGGAAAACAUAGGGAGUCUCGCGUAAUCUUGCAUAUCAAAAUGUGUGAAGACCAAAGAUUCUAGAAACACUGCACAAUAGAAUCUUUGAUGGAGAUCAUAACUGAAUUUUACAUGUAAUCACAUGAGAUUAACUGUAUGUAACCACAUGUAGUGUGUAUGUGUAACUGAAGUCAUCCUACGUAGUCCACCACUCGGGAUUCGAACUUGUGACAUUCCAGUCAAUGCUCCAGUUUGGCAUUGGAGGCACAGGUGCGAUACCACUUAGCUAAAAGUCUGGACCAAUAGCUCAGCGCUACCGCAUCUGCAUGAGGCUUCUGAAGGGAGCAGGGGUCAGGAACCUAUGGCUCUAGAGCCACAUGUGGCUCUUUUGGGAACUGUAUAUGGCUCUUACUUAUCUAGGGUUGCCAACCACCCCUUGAAA